AUGACACCUGUCUCCCUCCCAGGUGACAGGCUCCUGCAGGUAGACGGAACAAGUCUGUGUGGCCUCACCCACAAGCAGGCCGUGCAGUGCCUCAGGGGCUCCGGGCAGGUUGCAAGACUGGCCUUAGAGAGAAGAGGCCCCAGGACUGCACAGCAGUGUCCUUCUGUUAAUAACAGGACGGGGGCUGGAUGCACGGCUGUUUCCUUGGCAACAGCCUUGCCUGGCAGGCCUGCAAGCUGUGUCUCAGCGACAGAUGGUGUGAAGUUUGAAGUCAGACUGAAAAAGAAUGCCGGUGGCUUGGGAUUCAGUUUCGUGCAGAUGGAGAGAGGGAGCUGCAGCCACCUUGAGAAUGACCUUGUGAGGAUUAAGCGGCUCUUCCCAGGGCAGCCAGCUGAGGAGAACGGGGCCAUCCAGCCUGGUGACAUUCUCCUGGCCGUGAAUGGGAAGCCCACCGAAGGCCUCGUCUUCCAGGACGUGCUCCAUUUACUGCGAGGAGCCUCUCAGGAGGUCACGCUCCUGCUCUGCCGACCCCCCCCAGGCUUCUUGCCUGAGAUAGGCCCGGGAUGGCAGACACCAGUUGCAGACAAAGAAUCUACCAGGGCGACCUGCACCGACUCAGAGCAGAGCCCCAGUCUGGAUCCAGAGGACGGCCAGAGAGACGGUGCCUCCCCAGACGCAGGGGCAGGCCUGGCCCCCAGGACGGGGCCUUCCCAGCAGGCCACCAGAGAGACAAAAUGGGACCACGACACAAAGCGUCCCUGGGCCGCCUCCCUGACUUGUCCUGGGGCUUCCCACCCUCGCCUGUGCGGACCGCAGCAGGAAGCAGAGGCUGUGGCACCAGCUACCGCGUUGGAAAAGGGUGGGAGGCAAAACUGCUGCUCAGUUUGUGAUAUCAGAAGACUUGACAGAUUUUCCUACUCACCAUCUCUAACCAGACUUUCAACAGAUAUUUUCUGA